CAGCAACACAUUCAUCCCUGCUAUGUGCAGCAUAAUAAGUACAGUCUCUCCUGAAUCCGACAAUUAUGUGACCUAGAUCACGAUUUUUGUGGAUGUAUAACGCAGUUUUAAUUCGUUAAAACAUCUUGGAUAAGGCAUGAGGGUAUUAUGUUGGUAAAAGGCCUGAACAAUUUUACAGUGCAACAAAUCACAGAUAACUACGUGUUCAAACAUUCAGAGAGGAUGCAUAUGAAGACUGAGGAAUAUCUGCCCGUAGACAGGGGCUGGGCUUGGAUCAUACUUCUAGGUAACUUCAUGGUUGUAUUUCUGGUCAUCGGAUGUACCUCAUCGUUUGGACUUUUCUUUGCGGAGUUUAUGGUCGAGUUCCGGGCACCUGCUUCCAGUAUUACCGUAGCGCUCUCCGUGCAAACCAUUGUGUUCAGUGUUUCCUCUUUAUUUGCAUUGAAUAUCGGAUCAAGUCUUGCAUCCAAUCGGACAUAUAUCAUCCUUAGCGGACUUUUCGGAUGUUCUGCAUAUUUAAUCAGCGCCGUCAUUAAAGACAUCUCAUAUCUGAUACUCUCCCAAGGUGUGAUAUUUGGUAUUGCGUAUGGAUUUUCUUACGGGCCGGCCCUCGUGGUUCUUGGCAGGUAUUUUGACAAGAAACGGGGCAUUGCGACAAGUUUAGGAAACAUGGGCGUGAGCUGUGGAAGCUUGGUGUUUCCUCCAGUCAUCAGACUAUUACUCGAUUCCUAUGGACUCAGAGGUGCUCUGGCAGUGAUUGGAGGAAUACUGUUAAACCUCUGUGUUGCUGGUGCCUUAAUGAGACCAGUGACAUUUUAUCAAGACAAGACUGAUAAAAUAGAUCAUGGCCAAAAAGUUUGGUCAACCAACAGUGAUGUUUAUGAUAGUAAUAACGUUAAAAUACCAUCAAUUGAUGAAAAAGAAAACCACAUUAUUAAAGCUGAUCCAAUCAAUUAUUACAAUCUUAGCAAUGUAGUAAAGAACAGUGAUAUCAUUCAGACAUCUUCGACUCAGAAGCAGAAGUUGCAAGGUUUAGACAAACGAAUACAAACAACAAAACAUCUAUGCAAGAAAGUUGUCCACUUCAAAGUUCUGAAAAACGCUUUAUUUAGAAUGUGGAUUCCGGUGUGCUUCUUGGGAAUAAUAGGAUGUGUACAAAUCGUGAUUUUCAUACCUCCGCAUGCAAAAGAUCUUCAGAUUUCAGACAGUGAUAUAACUCUCCUUGUGAUCAUUGUCGGGGCUUCAAACCUUAUUUCAAAGAUUUUAUUAGCAUACUUUAUAUACAUCAAUUUAAUGCCCAAGCACAUUCUGAUUGCCCUAUCUUUGAUCAUAACUGGAAUAUCUUGUAUGUUUAUAUCGUUCUAUACGAACUUCGUGACAAUGACCAUACUGUCAGUGAUAUUUGGGGUCUUCGGAAGUGUCUACUUUGGUCUUUUUCCGGCGGUGCUUGUUGACUUCGUUGGAUUAGAACAUCUCUCAGGUGCCAUGGCUAUCAACAUGUUAAUGCAAGGCUUGGGACUGUCUAUUUCAAAUCCAAUACUGGGAUUUCUGAGAGACAUGACUGGAUCAUUUCAUGCUUCAUUUUACCUAAUGGGGACAACUUUGAUUAUCAGUGGUGCUAUUCUUUUCCUGGAACCACUAUGCAGACGGAUGGAAAUAAGACGAACUGCUGCUCAAUAUUUACAAACACAAAUUGAUAUACAGCCGCUUUGAGGGAAAUGACGCAUAAAAAUGAAUAUCUAAAUAUUAGAUAGCUUUUUUAUAUUAAAAUAAUAUCAUUUAAUAUUUAUUCGUUUGAUGAGAUAUCGGCGCUUCUGAUUGGUCGAAAAAUUUCUUUGAUACCUGCAUCAAUAAAAUUUUCGCCGGAUCUACUUUUCUCAACUGUUCUGAUCUAACACUAUUUAUAGAACGGGAAUUUCCAAAAUAAACACUGUCAACAAAGUGUAAAGUUGUGUCUGUUUUAUUGUCAGCAAACAAAAUACAACUUUAUAAACAUAAAAACUUGAAAGUCUAACCUUCAAAAAUAAACAAAACACAAUAUCUUGUUCACGAAAUAGAAAAUUAAGCGUCUUCUCACGAUUUCGUCUGCUUGAACAGAUCAAUCAACAUUACUGCGAGGCUGGCUGUUCCUUUACCAGAAUAAUCAUAACGAACAUAUAGGCCCAUACACUUUCACGGUAACACUGCUGUUCAAACUUGGUAACGAUGAUUUUUAAACUGACACAGUACCCUACAUGAUCGGUCAUCAGAAAUUCAGAAUAAGCAUCGUUUUGAGUACAAUGCAUCAACUCCUUCGGCGCAUUCCAAGCGGCAGAUACUAUAGUAUACCAUUUAAGUACAUCACUGGCUAUAUAGUUACCACAAUGUUUACAAAAGUCGCUUAUACAUAAUAUUCUUUGUCGACAUAUCAACUAUUUUCGUCCACGAUCGCCUCUCCUUGGAUGGUUACGUCCAGUUGCAUUUUCCAUUGAUCUCACAUGAAAACUAGUGUUAUUACGAAUUUUUCUGCACAGUGAAUAAUAUCACAAGCUAUCGCAUGUAUUUUCCUUUCGUUUUCAAUUCAACCGGUUCAGAUUUUAACUCACUAUUUGUAUUUAAUCCAUUAAAUUCAGUUCAAUAGCUCUGCAUCAGCUGAAGGCGCAUCCAUUUUGAAUAUUGUUGCUGUUGUUAUUUUGUAUUCAUACGCGCCGCUUCAUUUACAUUAUUUACAUUUUUGAUCAAUGACACUUCACAUUUUUUGAUCUGAAAAUGUUUUAUUAAAUGAUAAGAAAUGAAGAUAAUAAUUUUUCUAUUGAUCGACGUAUCAAAGAAAAAA